UGCAGCAACAACAACCACAGAAGCAGCAACAACAACCACAGAAGCAGCAACAACAACCAACAACAACCACAGAAGCAGCAACAACAACCACAGCAGCCCCAACAACAACAACAGAAGCAACAACAACAACAACAGCAACUGCCCCAACAACAACAACCACAGCAGCAACAACAACAACCACAGCUGCCCCAACAACAACCACAGAACAAACAACAACCACAGAAGCAGCAACAACAACAACAGCUGCCCCAACAACAACCACAGAAGCAGCAACAACAACAACCACAGCUGCCCCAACAACAACCACAGAAGCAGCAACAACAACCACAGCUGCAGCAACAACAACCACAGAAGCAGCAACAACAACCACAGCUGCAGCAACAACAACCACAGAAGCAACAACAACACACCACAGAACAACAACCACAGAAGCAGCAACAACAACCACAGCUGCCCCAACAACAACCACAGAAGCAGCAACAACAACAGAAGCAGCAACAACAACCACAGCAACAACAACAACCACAGCUGCAGCAACAACAACCACAGAAGCAGCAACAACAACAGCCCCAACAACAACCACAGAAGCAGCAACAACAACCACAGCUGCCCCAACAACAACCACAGAAGCAGCAACAACAACAACAACAACAACCACAGAAGCAGCAACAACAACCACAGCUGCCCCAACAACAACCACAGCUGCAGCAACAACAACCACAGAAGCACCAACAA